AUGCCUGCAAGUAAAAUAUCAGUGAAUGUUUCUCAGGGUAUCGCGACGAUAUCCUUGAAUGAACCUCACCGUCUGAACGCGUUGACACCAGCAGACUAUGAUGAAUUUGCCAACUCUUUACGCGCGGUCGAUAAAAGAGAAGAUGUAGUAGCAACCGUAUGGCAAGCAAAUGGAAAGUGGUUCUGCGCUGGCACGGACGUGAAGAAAAUUGCCUCAGACGGGAACAGUGACGUUCCGGUUCAACGCUCGAUGAGGGAUUGCCUCAUCAAUGGGGUGGUUGCUGCGAACACAGAUUGCACACACGCCAUCUACACUCAUAGCAAAAUUCUUGUCGCGGCGCUAAAUGGGCCGGUGAUGGCUUUCCUCGGCAACUUUGACUUGAUAUACGCGGUGCCAGGAGCCUGGUUGAAUGUCGGCUUCCCAUUCCUGGGCAUUUCGGUGGAAGGAGGAGCUAGUGUUUCAUUCGUCAACCGCAUGGGAAUCGCCAAGGCAAACGAGGUGCUUCUUCUUAAUAAGAAGAUUAGCGCGUCAGAGAUGCUUGAAUGCGGAUUCGUCAACAAGAUUUUUCCAUCAAAAUCAACUGAAGAAUUCCACUCUGCAGUUCACCAGCAUCUUAAAAAUGAACUCGAGAACCUAGUUCCUGCCUCUAUCUCCGUCAUCAAAACACUCAUCAAAGCUGGUUUGAACGAUAAGAACAACUUCCACGCCGUGAACCUGCGAGAGAGUUAUGCUCAAGCGGAAAGAUUUAGUAGCGGAAUACCUGCUGAGCGCUUCAGCAAGAUUGCCAAGAAAGAAAUCAAGCAUAAACUGUGA